GCCAGCAUCCCUAAUUCAGCCGCGAACCUCUCCACUGACUCCCAUGGACGUUGGCGCCUGCGUCGGAAUAUGACGCGACGGAGCAGAACACCUUUAGGAGCGGGGUAAUGUGCUUUCAUGAGCUCCACGGCCUUUGCGAAAGUAGGCGCGGGGCCAAGAGUUCCCAACACGCGCUGUCCCUCCGCUCCCAGACAGUGCAGCAGCAGUGCACGGUACCUCCACUCCGGAACAGUGUCCAGGCCGGCAGCGGUGAUAAACGUUUGGAACAAGCUGCAACCGAUCUGGAUAAAAGUCUGGAAAGUCUGCUAGGAAAAUAACAACCAUGAUUUAGCACCACGUGGACUUAACUCUGGAAAGAGUCAACAGAGGUUGGCGCCACACCGAUGCAGUGCAAUUCACGUUUGUGCUUUUAGGAAACUUGGAUGGAGGCAACUGUUAGGGUGAAAUAUAAGGACAGAAAGAAGUACUUCUUCCUAACAUCACCUUUUCAAUUCGAAGUAUUUUUGGAAAGUGAUUCCUUCAGUUCUAGUACGAUUGGCGAUGGUGAGGCUUCCUUCAGUUCUGGUACAAUUGGCGAUGGAGAGCCUUCAUCAGGAUCUGAUGACACAGCAAUAGUGAUCAGAAAUCCCUCAGAAAAAAGACAUGAUGAGGACCGUCGUCUGGGUCGAAUGAUUGAGGACAUCCUCAAGAGUAGCCCUGGAGGUGAUAAGAUCACACAUGAGUAUGCUCGCACAAAAACAUUGUCAGAUGUCAGAGGACGUGACCUAGUGAAGAUACUAGUUGCACAUCUGACAAAUGAGCAUGGCACAAGCCCCCCUAGGAGAUUGAAGGAGGAAUACGCCAAAGGAAUCAUCUGCCUUUUUCCUUACUUGGCUGACCCCCGGAGCAAGCUUGGCUAUGAACAUUUUUAUAAUGCUGAAGAUGGAAGUGGGUAUUUGGCUUGGAGAAUCAAAACUCUGCAGAAAGAGGUGUCCGAGGGGCGAAUGAAACGGUCACGACAACUUCAAACAGGUGGGCCAACUUCACACAGGGAUCCAUUGAAAGAAGACAUCCAAUGGGACGAACAGCAGUGUCAAGAAGCAAUUGCCCUGAUGAAGCAUUCUACGGAUGAAGUUGUAGUGAAGGAGAAAAUGAGGCUAACCCUGGCCUAUCGUCAGAAGUUGCUGCACGAUCCUGAGAACUCAGCCGACAUCCUAUCUGUUUUUCCUCGUUUCUUGGACAUUCCAGGUUUGAUUGUUCAAGAUUUCAGGAGUCUUUUUGGUGACGCAACCUCUGCAAAGAUGUUGGAAAAGUGGACCACCAACUUUCAAGCAAAGGUUGUAACUCAGUGUCGUGGGCUUACACUGACUGGAGAUGUACAAGACCUCAUCCAAAAUGCUGAAGCCACUGAAGUAGAUGAUGGCUGGGACAGUGACAUGUCAUCAAUGCUGUUGCUGGUUCACCUUCUGCCACCUUCAAGCCAAGGCCGAAAAAAAACCAGGGAAAAUCUCAGCCAGACAAGCAUGCGACAGUCUUGUAAAAUUCAUCAAGAUUGGGACCAGCAUCCAAGGACACCUGGACAACAUCUCUGGGAGUCUCCAGCCAUACCUACUUGCUGUUGGUGCCAAGAAGAGCAUGAUCGAGUCUUACUACAUCGUGAUCGACAAACAUGCUCUACCCUGUAAGACCUCAACUUCAUUGGCUUGUGUUGAUGAACUUUUCAAAGCACAUUUCGUCUUUGGCACAAGAUACUGUCAGGAAUUGACCAAUGUGUACACCUUUCUGCAAACCACUGUCUAUGACAUAGAUGUGGAAAACACCAAGGUAAAUCCUAGAGUUGCAGAGUUGAGGGCCAGGAUGCUGAAGUAAACUCCUAUGAUCUGCUUCAUUUGUCUUUGUCCCGGAAAAACUCUCAGGUUAAAAUGUGCUCAAAGGGGUUGUGCACAUGUAUAUAAUAGUUUUUCUGGAUUACGAAAGCAUCUCACUAAGUGUUCUUUGCGUGACAGUUCAAGUGUUAAUGAAAGUUCAUCUUCAGCAUAGGAGUGGAGAAUGAGAUGCCUGUGUUUCAUGUAGUCCAGAAUAUUGUUGUAAGAGAUUAGUGUUCUUUUUAUAACGACUGCUAUGAAAACUCUUUAUUUAGAGGAACAUGUCCAUGCUUUCAAGGUUAUGCACACCACAGAAGCACCCAUUGUUUUGGAAUUUAAAGACCUUUUGCACCACAAGUCUUCUGAUAUUUUUUAUGUGGUCUUGAUUCAGAUUUGUUUAUAAUCCAUUAUUUUUUCAUGCAAUGCUUUUUGUUUAGAAUGAUGUCAACAGUGUGCAUGUGCACAUAUGGAAUGAUAAUUUUCUAUUGAGAGCAAAUAUUUGGUGCCAAAUAAAAGGACAUGUGGGAUAAUG